AUGGCGAAGGUAACUGGCUGGGAGGACGGCGGGGCGGGGUUAGACGGGAAGUCCCGCCCCAGCAGCUUAUGCCACCGGCGAAGUCGCCCUUCUGCUGAGAGACAGGAUCCGGGAGCAGGGCCAGGAUCCGCGGAGCUGGGCCUCACACCCCGCCAGCCCUGCGCUGAGUUCCCUUCUGAGACUGGCCUCGGACCACAUAAGUGUCAUCACGGCUUCCAGGUCGGGGAGCUUCACGGGCUUGCAACCUGUACAGUUGCACAGGGCCUCAUGAUUAGAAGAUCCUACACUUGGUUUAAUGGUGUGACGAAAAUGCAAGAACCUCCAAAGAACAUUGAAGAAUUCCUAAAGUUUCAAAAUUGGGAUUAUUGGCCAAGGGAAAUUUGUUUUAAAGAUAAUGAUAAAUGGGUAGACACUCUGAAUAAAAUAAAAGAAGACAGUUCAUAUCCUUCAAUUUAUACACAUCUAUGGGAAAAUGUCCCUAGAAUAUAUGAUGCACUCGUGAUCAUGGAGUCAAGAUUAGAGGAAUGUUCAACUCUUUUGGAAAACCACGCCUCUGAAAUAUUUGAGUGGAGCAGCAUAAUAUCUGGGAAAGGUUCUCAAGAAAACUUGGAAAGAUACAAGGCAUUUCUAAAGAAGUACCACAAGAAAAAGAUGAUAAGGCUUUCAGAUCAAAUGGAGACAAAGAAGAAUAUAGAGGGUUGCAACUUUUCAGGAUUCAAAACAAAUGAGCUCACUCAACUACCCAGACAUUUGGAUGCUGAACGAAUUUAUCUUUUUAUUUUAAAAGCCCACAACUUUGAUGAAAAAGUUCUUAAAAUCUGGAAGACUCAUUUUCUCUCAGAAGCCUCUAUUGCUCUUUUGCAUGAUUCCUUUUGGUGGUGGUUUCUCCAUAAAUUUAAGCCUGACAAAGAAAAUCAAGAUUCCUUGUUUGGUAGAAUUUCAGAAAGUUAUGUGACACUUUUCAUGAGCAUACCUCUAAGUCGAAAAGAUGCAUUCUUUCAGGUGUAUCCUGAAUGUUUGUCACAAGCUAUCUAUGCAACAUUCCAGGAAGCAUUUCCAGAAUCCAAUAAUCUCUUUAAUGAUGAAUUUAAAGAAGAUCUAGGGAAUAAUAUUUUUCUUUGGUUGUCAGGUUUAAAACCUCAAAAAGGCUUUUGGACCCACUGGAAACUGAAAGACCUCUCCACAACAACCAUACAUGGUGCUAAGAAAUUACCUUUAAACUCUGUAAAGGAUAGAAUUGCAAGAAGUCAAGAACGCAUAUCAAAUUCCAUAGACUUCGAUAUGAUGGAAAUUUUAAAGAACCCAAGAGCAUGUACAACAUCCACACCCAAGGAAGAACCAAGAUUAUUAAAACUAACUACAAAGUCCCAUUAUGCUAGCGCUGGUCCAGAGUUUAACCGUGUGCUCUUCAAUAUUGGAAGUCAGAGUCCACUGAUUUUAUAUUAUCUUAAAAUGCAUGAGCUAUCUAGUAUUUCCAAAGGCCCUAAAAAAACAAAGAUUAAACUCACUGAAAUAUUGCAAGAAGCAUCACCUGCUCCAACUUACCGUGAUAUUAUAAAGGAGGCAAAAAGACAAUUUGCAAGGAACGAAAAGGAUUUUAGGAUAGAAAAGCACAAAAUUAAUGAAGAAAUAAAACUCCUGAGACAGCGGCAGGAAAGAAUUGACAAGGAACUUGAUAGACUCCAAGCAAAGGCUACCUUGAAACCUUACGAAGCUGAGGAUGACUUUCAGAAGUUCCUACAUAACCUGCGUUGUGAGGCUCACAUUGAGAGAGAACUUCUGGCAUCACUAUCAUCAUCAACAACAGAAGACUACAACUUGGAGGUAGAAGAACACUAA